ACUCAUAGCAGUGCCUAUAAAAUGAGAGGACAAGGUAGAGCAUUCACUCAUCAGUGUAUACACUCAUCUUCUAAACUAUAUACUCCACACAAAAUAUAUACAUAUAAUCUUGAUUUGCUAUUUAGUCCCUAAUAUACAAAAAUGGCAAGUUCAAUUGUGAAGGUACUUUGUUUGGUGGUAUUGGCCAUGGUGAUAGUAUCACCAGUGGCACAUGCCAUAACAUGUGGCCAAGUGUCUAGUAGCAUUGCGCCAUGCUUGGGUUACUUAAGGAUGGGCGGGAGUGUCCCGGCUGGGUGCUGUAACGGUAUUAGGUCGUUGAGCAAUGCAGCCAAGACCUCUACCGACCGUCGAGCUGCCUGCAACUGCUUGAAAUCAGCUGCAAACGGCAUCAAAGGAAUCAACUACAAUCUUGCCAGUGGACUUCCCGGCAAGUGUGGUGUCAGCAUUCCUUACAAGAUUAGCCCCUCCACCAACUGCAACAGUGUUCAGUAAACUCCAUGGUGAUUUUUCCAGCUUAUAUAUAAAAUUAUAGGAAUAAAAAAGUGUUGGCAUUAUAUAAUAUAACUAUAUAUAUUAUAUAUAGCUCACUACGUGUAUUUGGAUUCUCUUUUUCUUUAAUUAGUAUUAUGUAAUAUUUUUAUAAUUAAUGAGUAAAUGGAAGUGUUAUAAAGAUUAA